AUGUCGUCGAAAAGUCUGCUGCUUGUCGACCCCGACGUGGCGAAGGAGCGUGCGCAGCCGAUGGACAUGUACGUCCCGCAGCAGGACGAUGACUGGACUAGCGACGCGUACGAGCGACUCAACGGCAGCCGGCGGCCGCGCGAGUUGUGUGGCGACUGGCCCUCACACCGUGUGCUCACCGCGUGCUUCUCGUCGCUUCUGAUCGCCCUCGGCACUGCCCUGUGCGUGUUAGUGGCGGUGUGGAAGGAGCACCCGGCGGCGCUGCCUUUCUGCAAGGGCUGCACUACCAUCCUCUUCGUCGCGGUAGGUCUCGGCUUGUUCGUCUUUGUAUUGGGCGUCAUCGGCGCGUUGUCUGUCUGGCGUCAGACCAAACCGCUGUCCAUGUGCUUCUCGCUCCUUCUUGCGGUCGUGACGCUCGCGGUGUUCGCUGCGGGUGUGAUGGCUGUGCUGGUACAGAAGGUGGUGAUCUCGCCCAACGAUGCCAUGCGGCAUCUCUGGCAGGAUGCUGUGGCGCACGACCCGUACAUGGUCUGUGAUGUGCAAGAGGUGCUGCAAUGCUCCGGUUAUCGUCCCACGCAGUGCUGCGUCAGCAACGCAACGAGGACGACGACAAUGUCAGCACUACCGCCAGUAGCAAUGAAUCUGCAGCGUGACGCCGAACCGUGCUAUUUGGUUGGCGCCGACGGGGAGACAACGCUCGACCCAAAAACGCUACAGCCCGUGACGUGGCCGCGGGAGUACUGCGCAGCCACAUGCAACGCUUCUAACAUUUACAACAACACGUGUGAGGCUCCCCUGCAGGAGCAGCUCAAGAGUGUACUUCCCCCAGCAAUUUGGAUCUUAUUUGCCCUUGGGGCGGUGCUACUGCUCUUUUCUGGGCUCGCUGUGUACCGCGUGUGUGGUGUGCGCAAGGGACGAUCUCGUGUCCGCUACGAAUAUUGA